CUUCCUGGAAGUACGCUCUCACGCUUUCAAAAAGUUUAAUUGGCCACCCCGCGAUUGAUCUGGUUAGUCGUUACCCUUGUGUGGAGGUGCGGGUGAUUUAGCGUUGACUGAUGAGGCUCAGUCCAGAGGAGCAGCCGUGCUGGCUGCAUCUAGGCUUGCCAUUCAAAAAAAGGCAGAGACGCCAUGUUGGGCACGUACAUCUCCCUGAAGCCACUUUCAUACAUGCAUGAGUAUCCCGAUGGCGAGGCGAGUAUGUUGCGCUUCUAUGGGGAGUGUGGUGUCUGGUAUGCUCCUGAUGGCGCUCUGGGAAAACAGCGUGUCCGAGUCAGAAACCGGACACCUCGGGAGACCGCGUAUCGAUAAGAGGGGCUCCUCGGCGAUCGAAAACGUCUAUAACGCCUCGGUGUGGUAGUGCAUUUUGGAGACGACUAGGCGUGGUUAUGGUCGGUUU